AUGAAGUCGUUCGUCUUCGCAGCCCUCGUGGCUUUGGCUCUGGCCGCCAGCCCACGAUUUGAGCGCACCUUCCAGCCCAAGAACGAGUACCACUACCGCUUCGAGGGACUCGUCCUUGCCGGACUUCCCACCACUUCUUCUGAAAUCUCUCAAACUCGCAUCGACGCCCUCGCUCGUCUCCAGACCGUUGACGACCGCACUCUCGCUCUCCAACUGAUCAAGAUUCGUCUCAGCGCUUCGCAUGAAACCGAAGUCGAGGGAAUCCCGUCGCAGAACUCCUUGGAGAAGCGUGAAAUUGAGCCCAAGCACAAGGAUCUUCUCGAGCUCCCUGUUCGUGCUCACAUUCGCAACGGCCUCAUCUCCGACGUCCAGUUCGACCACGAAGACCAGGAAUGGUCCAAGAAUGUCAAGCGCGCCGUCCUGAACAUGCUGCAGCUGAACACUGAGCAGCACAAGGACGAGAAGUUCGAAACCGAACAGCUCGAGAGCAACGACAAGCACUUCAACAAGAUGGAGAAGACCAUCGAAGGAGAAUGCGAGGUGUCUUACACCAUCGUCGAGGAGUCACAGAAGACCAUCGUCACCAAGUCUGUCAACUUCGACAAGUGCACUACUCGCCCAGAAGCCGCCUACGGCCUCCGCUUCGGAUCCAAGUGCGAACAGUGCGAGGAGCAGAGCAAGCACAUUCAACCCAUGACCGUCUACACUUACGUCAUCGAGAAGGAGCAGAUCCAGAAGGUCGUCGUCGUCUCCGUCUACACCAUCAACAUGAACGGCCAGGAACUCAUGAAGACUGAGACGCGCUCGCGCCUUACUCUUGAGGAGGUCCACUCGAUCAAGAAGCAGAUCCAGAAGGUCGACGGCGAGAAGGAAGAAAUCAUCUACUCUGCUCAGUUCGAGAAGCAGGUUGAGGAAUUCUUCAAGAAGGGCGACAAGGCCUCCGUCAACCCCUUCGAGCAGUACCAGACCGAGAAGAAGAUCCAGCAGAUCAAGACCAUCACCGAGCAGAUCAUGGAGAACGAGGACAACAAGCAGGAGACUGCCCACCACCUCGCCCGUCUUGUCAGCCUCGUCCGCAUGUGCACCGUCGAAGAACUUGAUCAGAUUCACUCCGAAAUCUACAAGAAGGCCGACAAAAAGGUAUGGUUUUCUCUCUUUUCAUCAAAGAAAAAUUAAAUUUCUGGACUUCUAGUUUGAAGCGAACUAUAAAGCUCAGGAUAGCUCAAUGAAAACUAUAUCGUGAAUUCAUCACAUUUUUUUUCAGAUCCAGUCUUUCUUGGCUCACGUUUACGCUAUCUCCGGAACCAAAAACACCAUCAAGCACUUGCUCAAGCACAUCGAACAAGAAGGCUUCUCUCCCAUCAAGGCGGCUCAACUUCUGAAGUCCGUGCAGGAGACUCCCUAUCCUUCGGAGCACAUCGUCGAGAUUCUUCUCCAGCUGGCCAAGUCCAAGAUUUCUCGCGAAAACGAAGUUAUCCGCCAGUCUUCGUGGCUCGCCAUCGGCUCUGUCGUCCGUGGAGUCGUUUCUCAGACCCCUGAAAUCCAUCUCGUCAAGGAACACUCUCGCGAACUCAAGCAGAAGUAUGUCCGCGUCUUCAUGAGCCUCUUCAAUGACGCCGAAACCACCUACGAGAAGAUCCUUGCCUUGAAGGCCCUUGGAAACGCCGGAAUCGACGUCUCCGUCCAGGAGCUCGAGAAGAUCAUCUACGACAAGCGUCAGCCUCUCCCUGUCCGCAUGGAAGCCAUCGAUGCUCUGCGUCUCCUCAAGGACCAGAUGCCCCGCAAGAUCCAGAACAUCCUUCUGCCCAUCUACAAGAAUCGUCAGCAGACCCCCGAACUCCGCAUGGCCGCUGUCUGGCGAAUCAUGCAGACUCUCCCUGAAGAGCCUGUGCUUUCACAGAUUGUCUACCAGAUGGACCGUGAGUCCAACCAGCAGGUCGCCGCCUUCACCUACCGUCUUCUCCAGUCGCUUUCGCAGUCGACCAACCCGUGCUACAAGCGUGUUGCUUCCAACAUCCAGUCGCUCUUGAACUUCGUCCGCUACCAACCUCAAGAAGGCGUCCUCGCCUCUUUCCAUCAGCUGCCUUUCUUCUCUGAGGAAGCUCUGUCUGGUGCUCAACUCGACAUGGCUGCCAUCUUCGGCAAGAACUCCGUCCUUCCCAAGGAACUGACUGCCUCGCUCGACUCCGUCUUCGGAGGAAACUGGAACAGAUACCUUGUCCAGAUGGGCUUCUCCCAGAACAACUUGGACCAGAUCGUCAUGAAAGCCCUCAACAAGCUCCAGAAGAUGGAUUCCGACAAGACUGUCGUCCGUGGACGCCGUGUUCAGUCUGGAAUCUCUCUCCUCAAGAAACUGGCUCAGAAGAUGAACAUCCGCUCGCGAAGCUCUUCUGAAGAGACCCAGCAGCCUCACGCCGUCUUCUACUUGCGCUACAAGGAGAUGGACUUCGCCGUCCUCCCCAUUGAAGUCGAACAGAUCGAGCGUCUUGUCGAGAAGUACGUCAAGAACGGAAAGAUCGAGACUUCUUCUCUUGAGCGUCUGUUCAACCAGCUUCCGGAAUUCAACAACCACCACGCCGCCUAUUUCUUCGACAUGACCCGCAAGGUUCCUACCAGCAUGGGUCUGCCUUUGGCUAUCACUGUCAAGCUCCCUACUGUCUUCUCCGUCCAAGGAAAGCUCUCCGUCGAGCUUAUGUCUCUUGAAAGCCGUUUCACUCUUGAGGUCCAGCCUUCCAUUGCUGCCACUCAUGUCACGCAGAUGCGCUUCUGGACUCCCCUCUUCGAACAAGGAACCAAGUCGCUCAGAUCCAUCCGAGCCAAUGUCCCCGUCAAGAUGGACGCCAGAAUCAUCCUCAAGAAGGACGUCGAAGUCGAGCUUUCUUUGACCAUUCCUCAGGACUCAAAGACCACCAUCCAGGUCUCCAGCCGCCCCGUCGCUUUCUUGCGAUUCCCUACCUCUGAAGAGAUGAACUACGUCGAAGCUGAAGAGAAGACUUUGGUCGCUCCUCAGUGGCAGCGCAAGACCGUCGAGGUUGAGCGAUCCUACAAACUUUUCGGUCUUGAGAUGACUGUCCGCGGAAACAUGCUCAACCAGUGGACCUGGGAGAAUGCCGCUCUUUGCGAGCAGGACAUCGAAUACACCGUCGAAAGCCGCCGUCAAGAAGGACGCUUCACCGCUCGUUUGAACAUUGGAAAACUCCAAACUUCUCAGCUGUCUGAGGUCGAGUUCAACAACGUCUUCGAGUCUGAGUUCGAAUCUGAAGACUCUCAGUUCGAGAAGCGUGAUGAGAACAAGCGUCGUGAGCACUUCCACAAGAUGAUCCGCGACAUCCAGUCUGGCUCUGGCUACAAACAUCGCCUGACCCUCAAGUUGGAGACUCCCGAUGAGAAAUACUUCAACUCUGAGCUCACCACCGUCCUCGACAAAGAAGUUCGCGUCGUCAAGGCUACCUUGGAAGCCCACCGAUCGCCGUCCGACUCUGAACGCAAGGAGUGGAACCUCGAUUCUGAACUUCUGGUCGCGCUCCCGGAAAUGCCCAACACUCUCCGUCAGCUCAAGGAUUUGCUUCACCGUGAAAUCCAGGCCACGAUUGUUUCCCGCUGGGGAUCUGAGAAGCAGAAUGAGCUGAAAGUCAACGUCCAGCUCGAACAGAGCCCUGAGCUGAAGAAGUGGAUCCACAGCAUCGAGCGUGAAUCCCACGGAAUGCCCGAGUACGAACGCCUUGUCAAGGCCGCCCGCCUCAACCAGAUCAGCGCCGUCGCCAACUACAAACUGAACCGUGAGAGUGAAUUCGUCUUCGGCCGUCUGUUCAACCUCAUCAAGGCUUACUCUUUCUGGAGCACCCAGGAACGUCCCCAGGACAACCAGGAAAACCGUGUCGUCCUUCGUCUGACGGUUGAUCCCAUCACUCGCCAGUACUGCAACGUCUCCGUCCAGACUCCUGAGCAGCAAGUCGUCAUUUCCAACGUCGAACUGCCCACUCGUGUCUACCUGCCAUCCAUUGCUCAACGCUCCAUGCGUCAGGCUCUUUCUGAGAAGGUCAACGCCGUCUGCGAGGUCGAGCAGGACCAGGUCACCACCUUCGACAACCUCAUCUACCAAGCUCCGCUCACUACCUGCUACUCGGUCAUCGCCAAGGACUGCUCUGAGGAAUCUCAGUUCGCCAUCCUCGCCAAGAAGUCGAACAAGAAGGGAGAUCUUCUGAAGGUCAAGAUUGUCAAGGAGAACGACGAAAUCGUCUUGGAACAGCGCAACGGAGAAAUCAAGGUUGAGGUCAACGAGAAGAAGGUCAACAAGCCUUCUGAGCUUUCCCAGUACAAGUGAGCUUCGUUCAAGAGUUUAUUUCAAUGGUAAACAAUUUUAGCAUCGAACUCAUCAACGAGAAGCUUGCUGUCAUCCAGCUCGAAGACGGAGAAGUCCAGUUCGACGGCUACACCCUCAAGACCAACAUGAACCAGCUUUCUCAGGGUAGACUCUGCGGACUUUGCGGAAACAACGACGACAACGUAAGGAAUCGCUUCGAAAUUAAAUGAAAAAUCAUACUUCUAGUCUGACAACGAGUUCCGCACCGCUGAAGACAACGAAACCGAAGACAUCGAGGAGUUCCACCGUUCUUUCCUUCUCAAGGAUGACGUAAAUCAUAAUUUAUGACUGCUAUUUUUAUGAAAUAUUUCCAGGAGUGCGAAAUCGAAGAGAGCCGCCUCUCCGAGAAGAAGAACUACAAGGUCUCCAAAUACGAAAACGAGCAGGAAAACUGGCAGCAGUACGACUCUGAAGAUUACGAGACCGAGAGCCGCGGAUCGCGUCAGGAGAAAUCCGGUUGGUGAUCAGGAAAAUUUCAAGACUGAUGGGAAGUUUCAGAACUUGUCGAGAAGACCAAGGUCGUCGAGUACUCCCACCGCGUCUGCUUCUCGCUCGAGCCCGUGAAGGAGUGCCGUCGUGGCUUCGAAGCCGAGGAGUCGCAGCCGAAGAAGGUGCGAUUCACCUGCCUGCCUCGCCACAAGGCUGAAGCUCGUCGUCUCCUGAACGACGCUCGUGAGAAGACCCUCCGUCUUGAAGGAUACCCCAUGUCCUUCGUCAAGAGCGUCGAGGUUCCCACCGCCUGCCUUGCCUUCUAA